AUGCCCACAGACAUAACUCUGCAUAAGCUGGCAGACUUCACCUACAAUCUUGGCCAGGGUCUCGGCCAUGUUUUCGACACUAUCAUAGCGAGCCUGCUCGGCAUCGACUUUCCGCAAUAUGGACCCCUACUGGAGGCAUUACUGCUGGGAAAGAUGAAGCCGGGAACAGGUGCUCACGACAAGCUCAUUCGUGCAGGGUUCCUCAGACAGUCUCACAUGGGAGUUUUCCACCUCCUGCCCCUCGGUAGGCGUGUCCAAAUGAAACUCGAGGGUCUGAUCGAUCAUUACAUGCAAAAUUUGGGGGCCUCCAGGGUGUCUCUAUCAACCAUAACAUCCAAGGAGCUCUGGCACAGAAGUGGUCGCCUAGCCCAGCUAGAAUCAGAGCUUUUCGCAUUCGAGGAUCGCAAAGGGGCCCAGUAUAUGCUGUCACCCACACACGAGGAAGAAAUCACUUCCCUAGUAGCGAAGACUGUCAGGUCUUACAAGGAGUUGCCCCUUCGCCUUUAUCAGAUCACUCGCAAGUUUCGUGAUGAGUUGCGGCCACGGCAUGGCCUUCUUAGAUCCCGCGAGUUUACCAUGAAGGACCUGUAUACUUUUGACGUCUCAUCUGAAGCGGCGUUGGAGACGUAUCACAAAGUCCAAGCUGCUUAUAAGGGUGUCUUUGAAGCUUUGAAGCUGCCAGUGAUGGUGGCCAAGGCCAGCUCUGGCGAUAUGGGAGGCGAUCUCAGCCACGAAUACCAUCUGCCGGCCCUUGUUGGGGAGGACACAGUCAUUGUCUGUGGUUCUUGCGAUUAUGCUGCUAAUACCGAGGUGGCAGAAACUCGCAAGGACGUUACGAAGCUGAAUAGUCACCCCACGGUCGAAAACACCAAAGUGUCCGCUGUGAGAGUAUGGCGAGGGAUCAGCAAGGACCGCUCGACCCUGGUCAAUGUAUGGUACCCAGCACAAAUUUCAGGGGAGACGAAAAUGGAGGAAACAACAGACGUUGACGUAAGCAUACCUGCCGUGAAAUCUAUUAUUCCCGGCUUGGACGCAAGCGUCGAUGACGCUCUGCGUCUCUGGCCCCGUGCUGUCGAAUGUCAGCAUACAACUGGGCAAGCCGCCGCAAAGUCGCCGAGGCUAGUAAACCUGAUCGACUUCAGACUGGCGGCACAGGCUGAGGAGUUGCUACUUCAAGAGGCAAAGUUGUGGCCUUUACCACGAUGGGAGACGGCAAAGUCAAAGUUGGAUGCUAUCACGAUCAUGGAGGACCGGAGCGGUCAGGGCCUGAAUCUCCUGGCGGUUCGUGCAGGGGACAGGUGUCCAAGCUGCGAGAGCGGCAUUCUGAGAGUACAGAAGGCCCUGGAAGUUGGGCACACGUUCCAUCUAGGGACGAGAUACUCGCAGCCCCUCGGGGCGACGGUUUCCGUGCCGAUGGGUACAGCGGCCGCAAACGGGACAAGUCAACCCUUGGCUACCGAAAAGACGGUUCCGAUGCAGAUGGGGUGUCACGGGAUUGGAGUGUCUCGUCUUAUCGGUGCAAUGGUUGAGCAUUUGGCAGACGAAAGGGGGCUACAGUGGCCGAGGGUUGUCGCUCCCUACGAGGUCGUUGUGAUAUCAUCAACAGACUUAGCCGACGAGGCUGGGAAUGUCUACGAUGAACUAACGAUGCCCAGAACCGGAAUGUUGGAACCAGAGGCAGUAUUGGAUGACCGCGCCUUAUCAUUGUCAUGGAAGCUCAAGGAUGCAGAUUUGGUAGGAUACCCCGUGGUGGUGGUCCUCGGUAAAGCGUGGAAGCAGAAUGAGGGCUGCGAAGUGCAGUGUAGGAGACUGGGCGUCAGAGAAACGGUGCCGCUGUCAGGAGUCCGUCGACGGGUAACAGAGUUGUUGGAGAAGCUGUAA